CUAGGGGCACAGCCAGGAUCCCCUGGAACCCAAUCCCCCACUCUGGGGACACAGCCAGGGUUCCGCUGGCACCCAUAUCCCUACCCGGGGAGCAGAGCCAGGGUCCCCCAACACCCAAUCCGCCACCCUGGGGGCAGAGUCAGGGUCCUCUUUCAGCCAGACCUCCAUCGCAGGGACACAGGCGCAGGCGUUUCAGGAGAUCGGGCAGCUCGGCAUCCUCUAUGCCACCCUGAAGGAGCAGGUGGCCAAGCUGGCUGCCAGCAAGGCGGAGCGCUCCGAGCUUGAAAAGCUCCACCAGCUCUUCGCGGAGGGAGCCUGGCCCCGAGGGCGAGACCUCCUCACCAACCAUGUGUAGUCCCCUUGGACCACGACUCUCCAGGUCAGAAGAACAUCACCAGUGCCCUGUCCGACCUCCAGAGCCAGCUGUCCUCUCUGCAGAGCCCAGCCAGCGACCUGCAGGGUGAGACAGGCAAGAUCAUGCAGCUGGAGCACGCCCUUGGAAAGCUGCAGGUGCCUGGAGCUGAAGGGAAAGAGGACAUCAGGUUACUGCUGCAGGAAUUAAAGCAGGAGCUGGGAGAGCAGCAGCAGAAGAGCCAGGCUGCGCUGGAGCAGCUGGUGGACAAGAGUGCCGACCAGCUGCAGGCACAGCUGGAUGAGUUGAGGGUGGUGGUGGAGAGCCUGAGGCAGGCAGAGGGGCACGCAGCGCACCCCAUCUGCAGCAAGGACACCGGCACGCAGGUGGAGCAGCUCCUGCAGCGCUAUGAGAAGCUGCAGGAGCAGGGGGACUCUGUCAUGUGCCAGCAGGCAGCGGGCAAGGUGGCGAGGCAGCAGCAUGAGAAGAGCCAGAAAGCAACCAAAUCCACCGCGGGCAGCCAAGUCAGCCGAAGCCAGUUUGAGGCCAGUAUGGAGCAGCUGAUGGAGAUAAGAAAGAAGAUCCAGAGCCAGGGGAUGGCCCAGGAGCAGGGCUUGCAGCAGGUGCAGCAGCAGCUCAGGGAGGUGAUGGACUCCAAGCUGGAUCGCCCGGAGCUGGCGCCUGUCCAGAGCCAACUGGAGCACUGUAACAACACCCUGAAGCAGCUCAAGGACAUCGUGCCACAGACAGGGACAGCCGAUGGAGCAGCUGGGAUGAAGUACCCGCAGGCCCAUUCCCCCUACCUGUCCUGUGACCAACCCCUCGCUGUGACGGCACCCGGACCGUGAGUAACACCCGGCACCGUGGGUGGGAUGAGGGUGAUGGGUGCUGGCACUGCCCCGCUGUGUGGGACACGGGGGCUUGGG